CAGAGUGCACCGCGAGAGCUAAGGCCUCACUACCGGCGUCCGCGCCCCGGCGCCAUUUCUGUAGAGGGGACGGCAGCGCGGCCUGUGGCCAUGGCGCUGUUCCCGGCCUUUGCUGGCAUUAGUGGGGCUCCGGAUGGCGGCAGCGCGAGGAAAGAAUUAGACUGGCUGAGCAACCCGAGCUUUUGUGUUGGAGCCAUAACCUCUCUGAGCCAACAACCUGAAGAGGUCACUGCCUUGGUUUCUGAAGGGUCCCCACUGACCAGGAGUCCUCUGAAAUCAGAACCCUCAGAUGAAAGUGACAGUAACAAAAAGCCCAAACAAACAAGCAGAAAAAAGAAGAAAGAGAAAAAGAGGAAGAGGAAGCAUCACCACAAGAAAAUCAAGAGAAAACAUGGGCAGACCAGUAGCAGUGGAUCUGAGCCAGAUAGUGAGCCUGAUAAGGACAAAAAUUCCAGAAGCAUUGGAGAUAGUAAAAAGGAAUCAGAGAAACCAAGUCGAGAAGAUAAUGCUGCUGCUGCUGCUGCUGCUGCUGCUGCUAUUGGGCAUCGCUUGGUUUGGCUUGAGGACAUUCAGGCUCUGAAUGGAGGAGAAACCUUCAGAACAGAUAAGAAGCCGGAUCCUGCAAACUGGGAAUAUAAGUCUCUCUACAGAGGAGACAUAGCAAGAUACAAGAGGAAAGGAGACUCCUGCCUUGGCAUUAACCCCAAGAAGCAGUGUAUAUCCUGGGAGGGGGCUUCCACGGAAAAGAAGCCUUCGCACAAGCACGUUGAGCGCUAUUUUACGAAGAAGAGUGUGGUAUUAAUGAACAUGGAUGGAGUUGCCGUUGGCGGUAAAAACGAACCUCCCUCAUCUGAGCCAAUCUCGUUUAUCCCAGUGAAGGGCCUGGAUGAGGUGGUUCCUCCCGUUACAACCUGGUUGAACCCUCUGGGGAUUUACGAUCAGUCCACCACGCAGUGGUUACAAGGACAGGGUCCUUCAGAGCCAGAAUCGAAGCAGCCAGACUCACAGACGGACAGAGAGAGCGCACUACUCAAGGCCAAGGUGGAGGAGUUCAACAGGAGAGUCCGGGAGAACCCCCGGGACAUUCAGCUCUGGAUGGCGUUUGUUGCUUUUCAGGACGAAGUCAUGAAAAGCCCUGGCCUGUAUGCCAUCGAGGAGGGAGAGCAGGAGAAGCGGAAGCGGUCUCUGAAGCUGGUUCUGGAGAAGAAGCUGGCCAUCCUGGAGCGGGCCAUUGAGAGCAACCAGAGCAGCGUGGAGCUGAAGCUCGCCAAACUGAAGCUCUGCACGGAGUUCUGGGAGCCCUCCACCCUGGUCAAAGAGUGGCAAAAACUGAUAUUCUUACAUCCCAACGAUACAGCCCUUUGGCAGAAGUACCUUUUAUUUUGCCAGAGCCAGUUUAGCACCUUCACCGUGUCAAAGAUCCACAGUCUUUAUGGAAAAUGCCUGAGCACCUUGUCUGCGGUGAAGGAUGGCAGCAUCUUAUCGCACCCUGCCUUGCCGGGCACCGAAGAGGCAAUGUUUGCGCUCUUUCUUCAGCACUGCCACUUCCUGCGGCAGGCCGGUCACUCAGAGAAGGCGGUCUCUCUGUUCCAGGCCAUGGUGGACUUCACCUUCUUCAAACCCAACAGCGUGAAAGACCUGCCUACCAAGGGACAGGUGGACUUCUUUGAGCCCUUCUGGGACAGCGGGGAGCCCCGGGCCGGGGAGAAGAGUGCCCGAGGCUGGAGAGCAUGGAUGCACCAGCAGGAGCGAGGGGGCUGGGUGGUCAUCGGUGCAGAUGAUGAGGAUGAUGAACCAGAAGACGAGGACCAGGAAAUAAGAGAUAAGAGCCUGCCCAAGUGGCAGAUCUGGCUUGCCGCCGAGCGGUCCCGAGACCAGAGGCACUGGCGGCCAUGGCGCCCUGAUAAGUCCAAGAAGCAAACUGAGGAAGACUGUGAGGACCCUGAGAGACAGGUGCUGUUCGAUGACAUCUCGCCAUCUCUGAUCCAGCUCUCCAGCCCAGAUCUUCGGUUUCAGCUGGUCGCAGCCUUUCUGCAGUUCCUGGGCGUGCCCUCUGACCUCAGCCCCCCAGCCUCCUGCCUCUACCUGGCCAUGGAUGAGAACAGCAUCUUUGACAAUGGGUUUUAUGAUGAAAAGCCGUUGACUUCUCUCAACCUUUCCUUUUCUGGCAUCAGCUGUGUGGGCCGCUCAGACCCACUGGGCUGCCGGCGCUGGACCCGGGGUCACAAUCGAGAGGGCGAGGAGUUCAUCCGCAACAUCUUUCACCUUGUGAUGCCUCUGUUUUCAGGCCAGGAGAGGUCUCAGCUCUGCUUCUCCUGGCUACGGUACGAGAUGGCGAAGGUCAUCUGGUGUCUUCACACUAAAAACAAGAAAAGGUUGAAGUCGCAAGGAAAGAACUGCAAAAAACUAGCCAAAAAUCUCCUUAAGGAGCCAGAAAACCGCAACAAUCUCUGCCUCUGGAAGCAGUAUGCGCACCUGGAGUGGCUGCUGGGCAACACGGAGGAGGCCCGGAAGGUGUUCGACAGUGCGCUCAGCGCGGCAGGGAGCAGGGAGCUGAGGGACUGGGAGGUGUGUGAGCUCAGCCUGCUGUACGCCGAGCUGGAGGUGGAGCUGUUGCCAGACCCGAGGGGGGCCUCUGCGGCCCGCGCCGUCCACGUGCUGACCAGACUGACCGAGAGUGGUCCCUACGGGCCCUACUCUGGGCCAGUCUUGGCCGUCCACAUCCUGAAAGCUCGGAAGGCAUACGAACAUGCGCUGCAGGACUGUCUGGGGGAGAGCUGGGUCUGCAGUCCCGCCCCCACCGCCCCUGCAGCGCCCUGUCACCGCCUCGUUAGCCUGGUGAAGUGCUUCAUGCUCUUCCAGUACUUGACUGUGGGGAUCGACGCCGCUGUGCGGGUAUGCGAGCAGGUGUACGCAAAACUGAAGGGCUCCACUUCCUCCGGUGGCUCCAGCCCCGAGGACGCAGGCAGCGCACAGAGCCCGAGCAGCGUUCUUGAGGCUGUCAUGCUGAUGCACACCAGCCUGCUCCGAUUCCACAUGAAGGUCAGCGUUUACCCUCUGGCUCCCCUGCGGCAGGCACUCUCGGAGGCCCUGCAGUUGUAUCCGGGCAACCAGGUUCUUUGGAGGUCCUAUGUGCAGAUUCAGAGUAAGUCCCACACAGCCAGUAAGACCAGAAGAUUCUUCGAUGCCAUUACCAGGUCUACCAAGCCCUUGGAGCCUUGGUUGUUUGCGAUUGAAGCCGAGAAGAUGAGGAAGACGUUGGUGGAAAGUGUUCAGAGGGUGGAUGGCAGAGAUGUCCACACCACGAUUCCCGAGACUGGCCUGACGCAUCGGAUCAAAGCCCUGUUUGAAAAUGCCUUGCGGAGUGACAGCGGCAGCCAGUGCCCCUUAUUGUGGAGAAUGUAUUUGAAUUUCUUGGUUUCCUCAGGAAACAGAGAGAGGAGCAAAGGCGUGUUCUACAAAGCCCUGCAGAGUUGUCCUUGGGCAAAGGUGCUGUACCUGGACGCUGUGCAGCACUUCCCUGAGGAGAUGCAGGAGAUCCUGGACCUGAUGACAGAGAAGGAGCUCCGGGUGCGCCUGCCCAUGGAGGAGCUCGAGCUCCUGCUCGAGGACUAGAGCCCAGGCAGGAGGGCGCCGACGUGGACCAUGGGCCUGAGUGUGCUUGCAAGACCUCUGCCUUUGAAGUUUCUGAUCUUAGUGUUUGUACCUAGGCUAUCCGUGUCUUACCUCUUGCACAUUUUGGGAUGUGCAGACAACCUAGAAGCUUCUGUUUGCAUAUUAUAUAUGUGACCAUGUGGACGUGUAGGUGAGAACCGUGCCCAGUGAUACUGAAUGUCCCACGGUGGCCCGGUUGGUCCCACCCUUCCUCCGCCCAGCCAGUGUGCCCUGUGGGUUGGCCCCCUUGGUGGUCCUGCCCGGGGUCUCUGGGCCUUGCGGUAAUGCCAGGGAAGCUCUGGUUACUCAACCCUAGAACCGGUCCCCAGGCUGGUGAGGAGAGCAGAUUGCCCAUCUCCUCGGGCCAGAGCAAGGCUUGGGUGCUCUGGCCUCUACCCAGCGUACCCCUAAGCCCCCCUUCCUGCCACUGCCCAGCUGCAGACCAGCAGUGUCUGGGUGCCUGUUAGGGACGCAGCCUCGCAGGUGCACCUCAGCCCAGCUGCCAGUCUACAGGUGACCAGGAGCCCUGGGGGCUCGGGUGCACCCACGUGUGGCAAGCCCUGCCCAAGGGAAGGGCCCUGCUGCAGAGGGGCAGGCGGCCACGUGAGGAGAGUGCAGACCCAGCCCUGCCCGAGAUGGGCCACGUCCCUGAUUCUGAGGGCGAGUGAGUGAAAUGUAAAUACCCACGUUCAGACCACUUUCUUCUGAAAAGGACCUGCCUUGCAGUUAUUAGCUCUUAAAGCAGUUUCCUCCCAGUUAAUUAUUCUGAGGUCCUGCUCUAAAAAACCCAAAAAAACCCCAAAAACCUAAAAGCCAUGAUGUCUGUAAUUGCUGAAGUUGUAUUUCUUUGGCAUCCCAUGCAGAAAAGCCAGUGUGUGGCUAGAGAGGGAUGGACACCGGGGAGACGGGCGGCCUGAGUGGCCACUUGCCUCAGCUGCCCCACCUCCUUCCCAGCUUGCACAUGGAAGUGCCCAGAACGGGGAGAAGUGCGGCAGUAGAUGGGGAAGGGGAGGCUUGCACUGGUCUGAAGGCCCUGGAGAUGGAGGAGGUUCCUGAAUGGAAGGAAGCACGAGGGGUGGCAGGGCAGGGGGGCCCUCAGGCGGCCGCGGGUUCCCCGCAGGAGCACCACACUUUGCUCCUGCCCCAGGGUGCCAAGACGCCGUGUGAGGUCACCUGAUCUGCAGACCUUCCAGCGCCGAAAGCUGUUUCCUUAAAGCCAUGGCCACCCUCUCAGCCUUUGUUGCUGAGACAGUGGAGACACUUCUCCGUGAGCUGCUGUCAGCUGGGCAAGAGGUGUGGAGUCUGCAUCCAGUCCUCACCCAGGAGCCUCCACCUGCUUGCUGCUGCUGAGUGCCAGUGUGGAGGCUGCAGAAACAGGAUGAACUGCUGGAGGGGGAGCACGCUUUAUUGGGGACAGAGCACUGCACGUGACCCACAGAGGAAGGCAGCCCAGGGGGUGUCCUACACAUCACGCGCAAAAAGGUACACGGGAGGUUUUGCUAAGAAAGAUCAACUGGAACAUGGUUUCCUCCGGGGGCUUCCCCCACCUCCUCCCUCGGAGGGGUCAGGACACGCCCAACCAUCUCCUUGAAGGCAGCUCUGGUCCGCUAGAGAUACAGUCCCUCGGGGGUGCCCUCUUGUUUUUUAUAAAGAACAUUUUCUUUAGAUUUCUUGAAGUCUUCAUUUGUUACUUUCAUCCGACGCUCUCUCAAGGCCAUCAGACCAGCCUCUGUGCAGAUGGCCUGUAAGAAAGAAUGGUAUGUUCAGAAAGGGAAAUACUUUUUAUUUGCAUUCUAACAACUCGAGAGCGACUUUGAGUGAGGCGUGAGACGCGCAGACUAAACAAACUGCUUAAGCCAUUUGGGGAAAAAAGAUCUUUUUGAAUGUUUUACACAUUGUAAUUAUUUUCUCAGAGGAUCAGAAGUGGCUUUGAGGGGAGGACAGACUCCGGUUCUAACCAGCGGGUGGCCUGGUAGGGAAGUUCUCAAUGUGCAGGGAACAAUGUUCCCAGGCCACGGAGGCAUUUACACCAGAGAGCAUCCAUUUCAUUUACGGUCAUGAGAGAAAAGGCGUAAAUCUCAGGACAAUAUUUAUGGUGAUACGUUUAUUUUCUCAGUCAUCACUUGUCAAAAGUAAAACUAGAACCCAGGCAACAUGACAGGACAAAAACACAGUCCUGACACUGAAGUUUCUAUCUGGUUUUGUUUUGUUUUGUUUUUUUUUUUUCUAUCUGGUUUUGGCCUUCAGGAUAUUUCAAAUGGUUUAGCAAAAAAGAAAAUGUUAUUUGUGAACAAAAAGAUAAGGCAAAGCAAUAAAAUGGUAACUUUUGGUAAAUCGA